ACGAGGGGGAUAGGCCACACGGUAUGGAAUGAAACGAAUACCCAACAGCAUACCAUAAGUGUUAAGGGCGAGCAUUUAGGACAAAUCAUUUGUUUUGUUCCUGUACUUACCUGCGCGUUCCCAACUCCGAUUCCUUCGUCAAGGAUCAUCGCCAUUGCCGUCAUCAUCAUCCUACCACACGACGGAACGCGCUCAUGUUGAACGGGACCGGCAGCUCGCCCCAAAUGCAGCCAGCGGCGGACCGGUGCACACCUCGACCAGCACAGCAGUACUACGCGGCCCGUUGCUGAGCUGUUCGGGCAGGCUCCGGCUGACAAGUCUGCGAAGGAGCUGCCGAAGGUACUCACCCGCUCACGGGCUUUCUUGAAAAGACGGAGGUGUCACACGCGCGAUGGCACGCGAUGGUGCGCUACGGCGAGCAACGCCAGGAGCAGCCCCGGCACACCCAGCAGCAGCUGGACCAUCGCAGACACGGACGCCCAAGGUGCCGCCGCCGAGCACCGGGAUGGCCAAACAUCAUACAACCCGAGUUCAAAUGCCCACGGGGCGAUUGUCGCCGAAUGCCGUACCGGCGAUCCCAGGCUGCCCCGCGGGUCUCGAAUACCUCACGAAGAUCGACCACCUUAUCAUCCGCGAGGAUGUAGAUCUCUUAAAUACAAUCAUGCCGAGCGAUUCACCGAGCAGUUACGUGGUGACGAACACCAUGGACCAGAUUGUCUUCAAAGUGACCGAGGACUUCACCUACGCGUGGAGAAGCCUCGGCACCAUACGGCCCUUCCUGAUGCGGCUGUACGACUUCCGCGAUGCCGAAGUGUUGCGGCUUGACCGGCCACUUCGCUGUGAUUGUAGUCUCUGCUUUUACUGCCUCCAGACAAUGGACGUGCGUGACGCUUCAGAUGCAACCAUCGGCUCCCUCCGGAUGGAGUACACCCUGAUAUAUCCAAAGUUCUCAGUGCUGGACAGCGAGAACAACGCUGUCCUGCUGAUUAUCGGGCCCUGCUGCACGAGAUCCAUCUGUUGUGAGGACGUGGAGUUCGAUAUCGUAACCAUGGACGGCGUCACGAAGAUUGGCGCGAUAACGAAAGUCUGGGGCGGAACGUGCAGGGAAGCCUGCACCGUAGCCGACAACUUCACGAUAACCUUCCCCUUGGAUUUGGAAGUGAAGAUGAAGGCCGUGCUGCUAGGUGCCGUCAUGCUACUUGUUUGCCCAGUGGCUGUGGUGGUACCGCAGUCGCGCAGCCGCCCCGACUCCAAGAAAGGGCAGCAGGCAAUGACCCUCGCUUCGUGGCAAGGCGAAGCAAACUGGAUUACCGCGAAGCAGGGACAACGUAGCGACGGACUGCCGCUACAGGGAAUCUCCCCCUCGAAUGCCGAAGACUCGGGUGUGAAUGGGGGAAGGAAAGAAAAUUUAAUAUCCAAAAGAAGCUGUUUUGAUAUGCUUGCAUGACACUGUCUCUCCUUUGGUGCGAACGUCAAUCUUCAAUGUUUUCUCUGAACGCAAAACCACGCAAAAAGGGCCUUCAUAGGAAGAAAUAAAUGGUGGCCAAA